AUGUCGGGUGUCUCUCCUAACAAGAGGGGGGAGGAUGUGGAGACCAGGAGCAUCUAUGGGACGAGGUGGUCCACCAUGUUGGGACAGCUACUUCUUCAGGGCACGGUGAUCCUUUGGCUGGUUCAGACAGCAUACACAGGUGGAUAUGGUGUUCAGGCCGGCCCAGCCAAUGGGCAACAAUUUAAAGGCAACGGUUAUGGAGCUCCUGCUGCUGUAGCACCAAAUGGAAACAGAGGCCAGUUGAAUGGUUAUGGUGCUGGUGUUCUGGGUGGGAAUGGACCUAAAUCCAAUGGUAAUGGUGCUGCAGCCGCUGCACAUAAUGGACUCGCAACAAAAGGCAAGGGCUAUGGUGCUGGAGCUGGUGUACCGAAUGUAAAUGUGGCUAAAAACAACGGUCAAGGGGCUGCGGGUGGCCCAUCCAGUGGCAAUGGGGCGAGACCAAAUGGACAGGGAGGAGCAGGAAGUAAACCCAUGAAGGGAUAUGGCCGACCACCUUAUGGGGCAGGUCCAGGUGUGGGAAUGGGAACCUCCAGAGGUCUGGGAGUACCUCAGCUCGCCAGGAACCAAGGGAAGGCAUAUGGCAGUAAUGGUUAUAAUGGUUACGGAGCUCAGCCCAUGGGAGGCUACAAUGGCGGGUAUGGCCAUGCCGGUUUGGGUCUGGGACCUCAGUAUGGGAAUGGAGGAAUGAAGGGACCGAAGCAAGGCUACAGUGGUGCCGCUGGUGUGUCCAAUGGACAAGGUGCAAAAGCCAAUGGUUAUGCAGGAGCCAGAGCCCCUAAUGGAAAUGGAGCCAUGCCAAAUGGUUAUGGAUACCCGAGUGGUGGAGCUACCAAGCCAGCAAACGGUGGGUAUGGCAACUUUCCAAAUGGGCAUGGCGCCAAACCCAAUGGAUAUGGAGCCACCAGAGGAGGUGCGAUGAGACCCCAACCAGGUUAUGGAAAUGGAGCUGUUCCCAGUGGAUAUGGAAAUAAACCCAAUGGUUAUGCAGCUGGAGCUGGAGCUGGUGUUCCCAAUGGAUAUGCAGCCAAACCCAAUGUUCAUGGAGUUAGAAAUGGAGCUGCUCUCGGUGGAUAUGGAGGUAAACCCAAUGGAUACGGAGGGCAGAGCAGAGGCUCACAGCCACAAACUACCAAAGGAGUUGGAGCAGUGUCACCCAGCGAAGGUGCUAAAUCACUCGGCAAUGGUUACGGCGUGAUGCCAAACGGGAAGGGUAGAAAGGGUGCAGUUGCUUCCAAUGGAAAGGGCCUGAAGGGUGGAGUUCUGUCUCCUGAGCAGCCAAGCGCAGCACCACAGGAGGGUGUUCCACCUCAACAAGCAAUAACUCAAGGAAAAAGCUACAAGCAGACACCGCUAAUCCCUCAGGCUACACCAGAACCAGCACCGGCACUUUCAGGAGGCAGUGACCCAAAGCUUGCACUUGAACCCACACCUGAGCCUGCACCCCUGGGCCCAUAUGGCAAGGGUCCAAAGGCAGCCACAUCUGGACCAGUGGUUCCCCAGAGUUACCCAGCACCAGAGCCGGCAGCAGUCUUUCCUCAAGGUUAUGUGACUGGAAGUGCUGUGCCUGAGCAAAAAGGUGCAGAGGCAGACGUUCUGUUUGGGGUAGACAGCACCAGUGAGGGAGAUGCUGCCCCUGAAAUCAGCAACCCUCUGAAAACCAAAGCUGUUCCUGAAACAGUGGCAGCUAACGGUGCAGGGAGCAUCAUUCCCCAAGAGACGCUGGCUGUGGGUGUGCCCGAGGUUGCACCUGAAGAAGCAAACAUCAAGAGUCAGUCUGAGGCAGGACCUGUCAGGCUCGGGGUCAAAGGUCUCCCUGCAGGGGAAAGUGGGGCAGCUGAUGUUUUCUUGUUGAAACUGUCACUCAACUUUGUCAUAUCCAAUGUGUCACUGGAGCAGGUUGAGAAUUAA